AUUGAUUUGGCCACCUUGUAAAGGUCUGGCUUUCCUUGCCGCUGUAAGGCACUUAUCUCCUUUACACUGCAGUCCUUUUUGGGGGCAUGCCGGAUGUCCCAGCGAAACUUCGUGGCAUCACCACCGUUCGUUUGAUAUGUAGCCAAGCGUUUAAAAAAGUCCGCCACUACGGCGAGGCUCCGCGAUGUCCGCUGACGACACCGUUCAUAGCGCCACUACUUGUGGCAUUGGUGGUGGUCAAAAUGAAGGUGGCCACAGUGUCAGCGAUGACAGUGGAAGUAUUUCUGGCAGAAACGAUUCACGGCUUCGCACGUUCGCGCUUAAUUGAAUGCCGUACGCAAUUUGCUACGCGAUUUAAGGCAACGACAGCCAUCACGGCCGGAGCUGUUUCAGAGAGGCUACAAGAGGCACUAACUGAAGCGACAUGUCUAGUCAGAAACAGCCGAACAAAUGCCAGUUACGCGAAACACAUUUUUUUUGCAUCGUGACUUCUUCGAACGGUGGUUAUUUAGCUUAGUGUUAGCAAUCUUGGGAGAGGCUAACUGUCCUGCCACGCGUCUAUAAGUGUGAAAAUAUUUUGGUCUGCCGUCAUCUUCCCCUGGAUAUCUUUGCCGCCCGCGCUCAUUUGAAAUUUUUGUUCAAUUAAUCUUCCGCUGCCAUUUCAAGACUUUUGUUGUUACGCGACAGCGAAGAUAACAACCGAACUCGAUGAUGAUGAGGCGGCUCUAACUAUCUGUACCUUGCUCCGCCUGGGUUUGAAGCACGUGUUGAAAUAAUCGUUGCGUACAAUUGUAUCCGUCUAAAGUGAGCCAUCAGAGGUCAACUAUGUGCUGAAAUCUCAGGUAAGGUCGUACGAUGAACUGUUAUACUUAGCACUUCGAAGUAACAAUUCUGCCCCUGUUGUUGCCCCUGUCGCCUUAAAAGAUUUUUUUCCAAUCGGCCUGCCAUGCAACUAUGAAAAAAUAUAGAAAUAUGAAGAAAAAUAUAGAAAAAAAAUAUCUUCUGCCUUUAAUAAAUAAUUCGCCUUUGCCAAAACAGCCGUUAGCCGCACGAAAGAGUCAAACUGCCUUUUCAUUGCCUAUCUCCAUGGUAACGAUGUAGAAAAUUGCCUGUCAGCUACGGCAAGAUUCCGCGGAACCCUCGAGCUCUGUGUCUUCUUGAUGUCGCUGCGAUUCCUAGCUCAGUUCUUGGAGAACCGAAACAGUAAGCAAAGAUGCAACUCUGCCAUAGGGCGGAGGGUGUUUUGUUAUUUCCAAAUAGCGAUGCGUGAAUUGAAGGAGGCAAACGAUGCCACAAAAAGCGUCCGGGAAGACAGCAGUAUUUUGCUAUCGAAGAGACAAAGACCGUCUUUCGAUCCCGAAAAGAGCUAUGCACUGCGAUGUCACUGCUGUCGCUCGCCGCCUUUCAUCUAGACAUCGUUAAUGGACUCGCGUCAGCAGGCGCUUCCUGCGAUGAACCACACACCAUUGGUCAAACGGACCUGUCUUCCUUCGAAGAUUUAGGCGAAAGAUGAACUGAAAAAGGUCCUACCUUGUGAAAAGACGCAUCGUCGUCGGCAUCGGAACCGCUCUUCGCUCCACAGGAUGCUCUGUUGAAGGUGCUACACACUGUUACAUAGCAAAAACUCUCAUGAUGACUCACGUAAGAACCAUGUGAGCAAAAGCUGUACACACAGUCGCCAGGAAAAUAUCAGCUCCACUUUCUAUAACGCAAUGCUGGUUCUGUUGAUACGCAGUCGUACCAUAUGCCGUUUAUCCAUUACAGCUAAUCCCUGGUCGUAUCUGAUCGCACUUCAUGCAUCGCUGUUAAAGAUUUCAUUUAAGUGUUUAUAAAACUCAUCGUAGAGAAAUACCAAUAAAAAAAAAUAUUCAUAAUGUCUGCUUUUAGCUAGGCUUGAGGAAGCUAAUGAAAAGCUAGUACGGGUAAUUCUGGCAUUUGUUCUUUCAGUUCAUGGUCUGUUUCUGCUAUCUGUCUCUGUGCAUUAACUAUUAGUACCGAUCCGAUGUCUAUAUGACUCUUAUAGACCUUAUCUCUAUGUACUCUUCAAGUAUGGAGUCUAGAUAUUUUCGAAAUAUCCCGCUCAUUGUCUUUGCGUGAAUGGAUUGUUGAGCUGGUUGGUUUCCAACGAGUGCGACUAAAUUUUUUUGAGCCUUGCUCACUUGUCCCUUGAAGGUUUUACCUAUCCUCUUUUCAGCACGCAUCUUACGUCAGGACAACUCCUACGUCUGCCAUAAGCAUUGAUGCAAAGACGAACUCAGUCAUGAGUCCUCCACUCAACUGCUGCCCAACUGUAAUCCUCUAUACUUCAGGCCUAGAUUAAGGUGCAGUUCAAAGUUGAUCUUGAGCACAUGUGUUGUCUCCUUUCCUACUCAAUAUAUAUAUAUAUACGUACAUAUGAGUAUUAGUACCGUAUAAACGUGUCACACUCUACUUGCGUAAGCGAAAGAUCCACAGCCAGUAUAGCGACAGCGCCAUCGUGCGUUUGACGCCCCUGGUGCAAACGAAACAUAAAUAACAGAAUACGGUGGAAAUUUAUCAUCCUCAUCGCCGUUGUGCUCUUCUUCGCGGCAACCCCUGGCGACGGAGUAUAGUUAGUCCAAUUUUGAUCAUAACCAGAAUAUUGCAUUUCAAGAUAGAGUCAUCCAAACGCGUUGCGCUUAGCGAAAGAUUCGCUGAGAUAUAAAGGACCACUGUUCGAUUAUGUGGGAAUAUUUAAAAAAAGGUGGAUAACUUAAUCUUGUGACACGUACGCAAUUAAGUUUCUAUGGCGAAUUUUUUUGUUCGUUCGUCUUGAUCGGUAGGAUAAAAGAUCACAACGCAUCCAUAAAUGUACGCCAUGACUAAAUGACGCUGAUGAAUCAUCACUGAAUAAUGACAGCUACGGUAGGGACCAAUAGAAGAAAAACAUGCUUUCGCCAAAAACAAUUACAAAUAGCGACAGCCGACUAAACAUGAAUUGUUUUUUUAGAAAUUAUCGUAUGUUUAUAUCGAUAUAAUAGCUACGCCUAUAGAAGGUUGAGUCGCGUAGUGUACAGUCAGCACCUCACUCGCGCAUAUAUGGCAACAGGUCUAUCAGUUAUCUAAUCCUAUCGCAUCACUAUACAAUGGAACUACCGAAGUCAAUGGACAGAUACUUCAACGCCGAUAAGACGUCCUUCGUUUCUGGCUGGGAUCUAACCGUCUGAUGGAAUGCCUAACGGCGUUACCGAACGUAAAACCGGUAACACAAAGGACGUCCUGGAUUGGUUUCUUGGUUGACCAGACAGGACAUUUCAUUAGGUGUGAAACAUUUCCGUCCGAGACAUCUGGCGGCUGUCUGGAAUACUCAGUGGAACCUCGACUGGAAUUGCUUCAAUACAAAGGAGUGAAAAGUUAAACAGUGAAGACCUUUCGUCAAUUGGAGCCUACUAAGAAAGAUUUUCAAUAAUACUCAAUAAUAAUAACAUUAACUUAAUUGUUACGUAACGAAACGUCAGAACUGAAUAACUAUGUUGCAGAUUAUUCGUUUACUCUACUUUGCAGAAAAAGGAAAACGUUCUAUCGGAAUUAAAUUUAACGGAGUCGCCUAUGCACUCUAAUGCUAAACAAAAGAACAACUUCUUUCGUAUCCGCGCUCAACUACCUUGGAUAUUAUGCCCAGUUACAAGUCUAAUUCAAAAGUAUACGUAAAUGUUACCUCAUCUUCUGGAAGUCAACUAGACUAGGUGGAGAACUUCUUUUAUCAUAAAGAUUUAAUACGGAUUAGAUAUUUGCUCUACAUAUUUCAUAUAUUGCUCUCAAAUAGUGUAAUAUAAAGAGAAAUUACUGCCUCAAAGAUGGUUCGAUCAAGCAGCCUUUGUUCGCCACUCCUCGGCUUUCGACAUAGCUUGGACCAUAAACGCCUGCCUGGCGGCAGCAGCUCGACCUACACGCGUUCCGUUCAUGAUCUACUGCUCUUUUUAGUCGUUAGCUGCCGAAAGGGUCCUGCCCAUUUCGAAAUAGUGUUAGCAAGCUACCAAGGUGGGAAAGGUUGCAAGCAAAUCCAAGCUAGAUGACUGCUUGCUUACUCUAGCCUUACUUUGACCAGGUUUCCCUAGAGAUAGACAUCCUGUGACAACGUUGUGUUGGCUUGGGACGGUUGGACCUUGUGUCCUGGUGUGGGCAACAAGCGCCGACGACCAGCAUAAUGCUAUUCAGCGGCCUCUUAAGUUGCUCGAUCCCUCCCCUGCUCCAUCUAAUCUUCUACUUUGGUCUCCCAUUUGAGUGCGUUCCCAGCAAACGCACGAGACGCCGACGCAACGGCGCUUCAACGAAACGCCAUAACGUGUACUCCCGCUGCGUAUAGUAGCACAGUAUCUUGACUAACGACCUGCGUCGGGCUCGAGCAGUUGAUUCGUCGGAGGGUAGCUGACCAGCCACUAAUUUGGAUUGCGUAACCCACGCUGUUACAGUCGCAACUAUGUCGGAACUUCUGCUAUCGCUGAAGUCGUUCUUCAAGACCGAGUACGUGACAAUUGACAAUAAUGUGUGUCGAUUACAUUACAAGGCCACAAUGGCCAUUCUAUUGGCCUUCAGUGCCCUCGUAACAGCCAAACAGUACUUUGGCGACCCAAUCGAUUGCGUUGUGCCGAAGGACUCGAUUGACACGGCAAUGCUCGACACCUACUGCUGGAUUCACAAAACGUUUAGUGUCGAAAAAGCCUUCAAGGGCGAACUCGGCAACGAGGUCGCAUAUCCCGGAGUGGCACCUCACAAAGCAGGCGACAAGCUCGUCUACCAUGGCUACUACCAGUGGGUAUGUUUUGUUUUGUUCCUUCAAGCGGGCGCGUUCUAUCUGCCUCGUUUUCUGUGGAAGUUAGCCGAAGGAAGUCGCGUGAGGUACUUGACGGCUGAUCUAAACAAACCCCUACUCGAUCAAGACGAAAAACGAAAGAAUCAACUCAAGCUCCUUGUCGAUUAUAUGGAAGCCAAUCAAAACAAGACACAUUUGGUUUAUUUUAGUUCAUUGGUUGGUAUCGAAGUGUUGAAUUUCGUUAAUAUCACCCUUCAGAUCUACUUGAUGGACCGAUUCCUGGGAGGCGAAUUCUCCAGCUACGGCUGGAAAACGGCCACAUUUACCGAGUGGCAUUGGGAGGCACGUUAUGACCCAAUGGUUAAGGUGUUCCCACGUAUGGCUAAAUGCACGUUCCGAAUGUACGGUACAUCGGGCGAUAUUCAAAAGCUGGAUGCUAUGUGCGUGUUGCCCAUCAAUAUCCUCAAUGAGAAGAUCUACGUAUUUUUGUGGUUCUGGUUUGUUGGAUUAACGAUUAUAACCGCGCUCUGGUUAGUGCACCGCGCCGCAACAAUUCUCCUACCCCAGCUGCGUGAGUCGCUCCUGCUGAAUAGCGUCUGCAAAGAUCAUCACUGCGAUGAAACUGUACGUUACAUUCUGCGUGAAACUGACAUUGGGGACUGGUUUAUCAUGUACCUAAUAGGACAGAACAUUGACCCAUUGCACAUGGAGGCAUUUCUCAAAAAAUACGAAUUAAGACUUCGUGAGCAACACGAUCCCGACGACGAUGCCGUUGUUGAGGAGAAGAAGCUCAUAUGCAACUCAUGUAAGGAAGUAAAGCUGCAAGAGGUUCAUUUUAAUCACUAACCUGUGUGCACUACACAAAGAACAAACCGGGCCCGAUGAAUUUUCAUGCAAAAACGUGCGAAAAUAAGAAAAAAUGUCGAAAAUAAUAAUCACGUCUGUCUCAAACGCACUGCCACGUAAAGGCCGAUGCUGCCCAAACCAGAAUGCAACGAACGACGACAACUGGAAGAGCCGAUCCAACGAAGAGAACAACUGUUGAACGCGGUUGAAGAGACGGAACAUGAUCAAAAGGAAGAGGAUUCCGCCAACAUCCACAAAGUACUCCAAGCCGGAGAUGUCUGAUAAGUAGUUAAUGUUAGCCAGAUACAACCAUAAUAACAACGAAAGCAGCUUUGAAAACGUGCCGACGAUUGAUUAUGUCUGUUUGGGUGUGCGUGUGUGUGUGUGUGUGUGUGUGUAUGUGUAUGUGCGUGCAUUAAUUUCGCUAACAUGACGUGCACUGUUACUUGUAUUACAUAUGAACGCUUAAUACCGUACGUGAGUUGCAACGAUUAUAAUAAGGCAUCAUUGGAUUAUAAUAAAUGCAAAAUAAUUAUUUAUAUGUACACUGCAAAGGCUCAGUUCUAUUUGAUGCUGAAACGCAGUACGUACCGUCGCACGAAAGUCAUACACCCAGAUGGACUCUAUUCUAUCGACUCCGAUAAUUGCUGUUAAGAAGAAAUUCCGUAUUAUAUCAACGUAUAUUUACUAGGCCACGUAAUUCUGUGGCACCCACAUGUAUCAUCGUGUAUCACAGAAUAGAUAAAUGAAAUCAUUCCAUCACUUAGAAUACACACAAUCAUAGCUAGGCGUCUACUGCGAAAUUUGACGGUUUAUAUAUAACAGUACAGUAAAUAAAAUAUUGCACGAUAGGAGCCAGGGGCGUAGUUUCGGCAUAAUAAGCUUUUAUAGGCGUUAGAGCUGGCUUUUACGAGGUCGAAUGGUAGAUAAACAGUUUACCUAUUGUUAUCACUGAAAGCAACAUAGAUAAUAGUCGAUAGGGUUUGACACUAGGCGAACCUUAAUAUCUGAACAAUUCGAACCGAGUUAUAUGAUUGCACAGAAGAAAACUACAGACUAUCGGAUUAUGUAGUAGCCAGAUUCUGAGCACUGACACCAUAAACGAGAUACAAAUUAUCUAGUAUGUAAGAAAACUAUCUGUCGUAAUCUAGGCUUAAACAACUAAGCCAUAUAAGCAAGUUGACAGAAUGAGAGCUCUUAAGGUCAAAACUUCAUGUCGAUUUACCGUAGCUGAUUUGCUCUUUAUUUUUCAAACUUCGUUUAUUGCUGUUGUUGAUUGUAAGCCGGAGUCAACAUGGAACCUCGUGAUCAGUUAUAGGACAAACAUAUGUUUAACAUGACGCCAUAUGCCAAGGUCGGAUAGCUAUAAAACAAUGAACGAAAGCAAAACGAUAUUCAAAAUACCGAAAAAACGAUAACGGCGACCUAUGCGAUUAAAUUUUAUUGUAAGCGUAUCAAUAAUAAAAAAAUGUUAUAUGUUUAGAAAAAGCGGAGCAGACGGUUUCACUAAAAAGCAAAAUAAAGCGUUUCAAGUGUCAAACCUGU